UCAGACCACAAAGUAAAAAGGGCAAAGUAGACAUGAGAAUCAGUAGAACUCAAAGAACUCAAAGAAGCAGACGUGAAGUGAAGCUGAAUUUUAUUCCAGGAUGAAGAUCCUCCUCCUCGUCAUCCUCUACCUGAUCUCAGGUCCAGUAGACUGCUCUGAUGUGAUUGGUUACUCAGGUGGAAGUGUCAUUGUUAUCUCUGAUAUAAACUGGUACAAACACAAUAGUAAAUAUAUCUGCAAAGUGAAUGAAAAAGACUGCACUGAUAUAAUACGUGUUGACACCAAACGCUACCAAGUUCAAGAAGGAAGAUUCAAGUUGUAUUCAACCCCAGACAACUUCUUCUUAGUAUUGAUCAGAAAGCUGAAGCCACAAGAUGCUGGAAUGUAUAGAUUUGGACUGGGGGAUCAGAGCAACUUGACCAUGAACCUAAAAAUUUAUAAUAAUACAUCUUCCGGGUUGCCAAAAAUAAUAAACGCUUAUCUUGGGCAGAAUAUUACCAUCACCUGUAACUAUCAAGGGGAGUAUGAGAGCAACACCAAAUAUGUCGACACAGUGAAUGAUGACAUUAAAAUUAAACCAAUUCUUGAUACUAACACAAAUUUUAAGAACGGCAGAUUCUCCAUUUCUGAUGACAGAAGUGCUAAAGUUCUCAGUGUGAACAUCAGUGACGUGAGAGAAACUGAUGAAGUAUUUUAUUUAUUUGGUGUGUAUUAUGGAGACAGAUCAGUCAGAUAUUGGACCUACUUUACACAGGUGUGGCUACAUGUUACAGACACCAACCUGAUGACCUCAGCAGCACUGAUAGAAACUCCAUCUGCAGUGUGUUUCACUUCCUCUAUCAUCAUCAUCAUCAUCAUCAUCAUCAUGCUGCUGGUCGGAGGAUGUGGGCUAAUGAUCUACAAAAUGAGACAGAAGAGAACACAAGAUAAUACAGACUCACUCAAGAGAAAAGAGAAUAAACAACUUACUCCUGAUUAUAACACAGAUUCAGCUUCUGUGUAUGAAAACAUCAAAAUGAGUGCAUUUUAAACUGCACCAGAGAAAGAAUCAGUCAGAACUUCCUGCUCGAGCUGCUGAACUCUGUUGUGCUUAAUGUUGUGAGCUGCAUCAUAGUGGCUCAAAUCUCAACUCUGUACUGUGUCUCUUCACUUCAUUACUGUACUGUGUGUGUGGUUGAAGAGUUGGUUAAAGAAUUGAAAGACUUAAAUAUGAGUGACUAAAAAAAGACAAUGAGGGAUCAGAUGCUGUACCUGGACAGCUGGAAGAAGAUUGCAAAAAAAAGGAAGAUUAUAAUGCAUUAAGUUUUAUUUUCAGAAGUUCGGGAGAACUCUGAAUUGCUUUCCUUUUUCUUAUGUUCAUGUAUUCUCCUAUAAUAGAAUUGAUAAGAUUAAUAUUGCUUAUUUUGCCUGUAAACAAAUGUUUCUUGCAGUGAAAUCUUAAAAAACCAUGGUGCAUUUGUGGGUGAAGUCUGCAAAUGAAGUGUUUCAACACACGCUGUCGAAAAUUCGAUGGUGAGAGAUAGUUUCAGUCAUAUCUGCAGGAAGGUAGCUGCAACCAUAUAACCAUAUAUAGAAUUGUUUAAAGAUGAGGAACAAACAUGAGUAGCACUCUGAGGGUUGCAGACAAGAAAUGUUUGGAGGACGAAAUUUGAUGUUGGCUGUCGAAAAAGCCCAAGGGGGGCCAGACUCGAGCAAAAUCCAACUUGCAAUAGCAAUGUUACAAAGUGUAUAUAAGGAUCAUGAAAUUUCAUCUUGGUGUGCAUUCUAGUGUACUGUGGGCAGCCUCAGUACAUGUUAUACUCUAUGUGCAUCAGAGAACAUACACAAGCUUACACUUGGAGAGUGUUUCUUGGUUUGUUAUAAUCUGCAUUUUAAUAACUUUUACUUAUUCUAAUACUGUUUGAUUAUUUGAAGAAGAUUUUAUUUGUAAUUUCCUUUUAUUUUACUUUACA